AUGGGCGACGAGGACGUUAUAAGACGAAGACUUUUAAUUGACGGUGAUGGCACUGGAGAUGAUAGAAGACUCAAUGUUUUAUUAAAAACAUUGAUAAAAUGGUGCAAUUCUUCGGACGAGAAACCAGAAGAGAGUAAAACAACACAUGACAGAAUGUUAGCACAACUGGCACAAUGUGAAUUUGCAGUUACAAAGUCUCAGUUAGGUUCAGAAAUGAUGGCAGCUGAACUUAAAAGCUAUGAAGCAUUAUCAAAAAUAUUAGAAAAUGGUAUAGAAGUGGCUAAAGGGAACAUUGAAAAGAGCAAAGCCGAUUUAGCUCAAGCAAAAACAGUUCGGAAAAAUCGAAUUGAAUAUGAUGUACUUGCAAAAGUGAUCAGCGAACAGCCAGAUAGAAAGGAAACUUUGGAGCGUCUUGGCACUUUGAAAACUGAAUUAAGUAAUUUAGAAGCGACUAAACAACAAUUAGAAAGCCGAUUGUCAUUAAGAAAAAAACAAUUCCAUGUGUUAGUGACAUCAAUACACCAAUUGCAAGCAUUAUUGGAUGAGCCUGAUGAUGUAGAUUUGAUAUCUGAUGAUGUUGAAAUGAAAAACGUAGAU